UGCAGCACUGUAAACACUAGAUGGCGAUAGAAGAAGUUGUGUGGCGCUGUUGCUCAUUAAGUAUACAUAAAAAAAAUUAAAUUACACACAUAUUUAUUAUUGAAAGUGCUUGAAAACAAAGAGAGCGCGUAAGCACACGCUAACAGCAACAGCAGUAGAACCAACAAUCGCAGCAGUGGCGGCACACAGUGAGCAGCAGCGUUUACGAACACCAACAACGCAGCAGAGACAGAGGCAGCAGUAACAGCAGCAGCAGAGCAGCAGUAACACAACGUCCAGAACGACGUUGACGGUGACGGCGACGACGACAAUGAACACACUGAGCGCUAACACGAACGGAAGCGGAGCUGGCUCAACGGGGAAUAACAACGGAAAUGGCAAUGGCAACGGCAACGGCAGUGGCAACGGCAACGGUGGUAGCUCCACCACUGCCAAUGCCCCAACAGCCGGUAGCGGUGGUGGCGGUGGCGGCGGAGUAGGUAACCUUGAUGAGCUUGGUGGCGAUGCCAGUUCGCGCAGGCAGGCGACGCGAGUGUUUAAGAAGAGCUCAUCGAAUGGCAAAAUCACAGUCUAUUUGGGCAAGCGCGACUUUGUGGAUCAUGUCACGCAUGUGGAUCCUAUUGACGGUGUGGUUUUUAUUGACCCGGAGUAUGUGAAGGAUCGCAAAGUGUUUGGCCAGGUGCUGGCCGCCUUUAGAUAUGGUCGUGAGGAUCUAGACGUAUUGGGGCUAACGUUUCGCAAGGAUUUGUAUUUAGCCCACGAACAAAUCUACCCGCCCAUGCAAAUGGAGCGGCCCAUGACUAGAUUGCAGGAGCGGCUCAUCAAAAAGCUGGGACCCAAUGCACAUCCAUUUUACUUUGAAGUGCCGCCCUAUUGUCCGGCCUCGGUAUCCCUGCAGCCAGCCCCUGGCGAUGUGGGAAAAUCCUGUGGCGUCGACUACGAACUAAAGGCGUUUGUUGGCGAGCACAUUGAGGAUAAGCCACACAAACGGAAUUCGGUACGCUUGACGAUUCGGAAGGUGAUGUAUGCACCGUCCAAGGCCGGAGAGCAGCCCUCGAUUGAGGUGAGCAAGGAGUUCAUGAUGAAGCCGAAUAAAAUCCAUCUGGAAGCGAGCUUGGAUAAGGAGCUGUACCAUCAUGGCGAGAAGAUAUCAGUCAAUGUUCACGUGGCGAACAAUUCCAAUCGCACAGUCAAAAAAAUCAAGGUGUGCGUACGCCAGUUUGCCGACAUAUGCCUCUUUUCGACGGCCCAGUACAAGUCUGUGGUGGCCGAAACGGAGUCAGAGGAUGGCUGCACGGUGGCGCCGGGCUUUACGCUCUCCAAGGUGUUUGAAUUGUGUCCCCUGCUCGCGAAUAACAAGGAUAAAUGGGGACUGGCGCUGGAUGGGCAGCUGAAGCACGAGGAUACAAAUCUGGCCUCAAGUACGCUAAUCACCAAUCCCGCACAGCGCGAAAGCUUGGGCAUUUUGGUGCAUUAUAAGGUGAAGGUGAAGCUACUGAUUGGCUCGCCACUGUUGGGCGGAGAUUUGGUUGCCGAGCUACCGUUCACGCUGAUGCACCCCAAGCCCGAGGAGGAGGAACACCCGGUGCUGGGGGAUCGGUCACCGCGCGCCAGUCUAGCAGCGCCGCUGCUUAGCCUGGGCGAUUCAGUUGAUGCCGGCGCCGGAGCAUCCUCCGGCCAAUCGGCAAAGGAUGUGCCCACCACCACAAACCUCAUACAGCUGGACGACGAUGAGGCCCAAGAUGAUGAUAUUAUCUUUGAGGAUUUUGCGCGCCUGCGCCUAAAGGGUGCCGAAACAGAGGCCUAGGCAUUGCCAGCCAAUGUCGGCCCAACAGUUGAUUGUGGCUUCGAGCAGCUACAGUUUUAGACCCGUAGACAUGCGUAAGCGCAAUAUUUAUUGUCCAACUAUAUGUAUGUGUUGUAUCUGUACAUAUAUAGAUAUAUAUCCCAAAAAUAGGGCAUUUGUAUCAUACGAUGUGUAUGCGCAGCCUCUGAUUGUAAACUUUGAAUACAUAGCCACGGUACAUAGUUUUAUAUUGCUAUUGGUAUGUGUAGGCCAUACGUUCUAGUAUCUAUAGUAUUUAAGCUGAAAGUGUACGAAUUUUUUGAAAAUGUGAAAUUGUUUAACAAAUACACAUAUAAACACACUCAUACACACACUCAUACACACACACACACACACACGCAUGCAAAGCCCUCAAAUACACCGACCAACUAAAAACGCCUCUAGAAAUGGCGAAUUAUGCACAACAAUUUUAAAUCUUAUUGUAAUUGUUUACGCAAAUGUUUAUUAAAAUUAGAAAAUGAGAAAAUG